GUUCUCCUUAUUAAUAAAUAUAUAGCAAUUGCGCAUCAUCUGCGCAACUGUGGCAGUGCAAUCUACCACAAAUUAUAAUAAUUUUACAUAAUGCACAGUGGAUAUUUUACAGAUCUGUUAUUUGUAUUUAAAAUAUGUGGAACUUGACAGUCGCAUAACAUAACUCAUAGCUAGUGCCGAGUACAUGCCCUUACAUACGAUAGCAUUUAUGGAAUUUUAAAUGCGUACCGCGUUUUUAUGGUUACAGCGAUAAACAGUGGACAGCUCAGUGUUUUACAGGGAAUUAUGAAGUUUACAAAUGCAGUUCUGUUUCUGUUCAUCCUCUGCCCACUUUCACGUGCGGCCCAGGAUUACAUUCCCGUGUCCGUGUGUCCCCCGGGAGCCAGGGAAUGGCAGAUUGAAGCAGACAGGAAAAACUGCCAAGAUCCCACACCCAAUUACCUGUGUGCAGCCAUUGAAAACUUGCCGGGACAUUUCGGAUCAAUCUGUACCCAAAUCGGACUCUCACCGUCAGGAAUGUGUGCUGUUUUGAAUAGCCAGACACACAAUUUGGAUUCUGUGCCCUGUAAAGCCAAAGAAGGAUGUCCAGACAAGCCAUAUAGUCCAAGGGAACUGUACAAAUGGCCAAUUUGUUUUGGAAAUUUCUAUGGAAGUGAAAGUUUCAGAACUACAUCAUCCCCGAAAACAACAGAAGGGCAUGAACAUGUAAACAUAACGGCAAUGCUUGAACCAGUGGCAGAGUCUGGGGAUCCUGGGCUGUUAGCUGGUAUCAUUACAGUGAUAGCUCUCGUCCUCAUUGGCUCACUGGUGAUUGUUUACAUCCUGGAUAAGCGGUUCAAAUGGGGACUCGGGGAUUCAUUACGAACACGUACAAGAGAAGUCUACAAUGGCAUGAACGAACGAAUCAGAAGUUUUAGAAACGACAGAAGUGAUCGUGGUUCAGUUGGAAAGAAAGACGAUAACGAAGAUAGUGCUCUAAUGAAUGUAACAACAGGUACAGAUGGAGGUUCUGCAUUUGAGGCUAAUGAUACCUACAUGGAACCCUUUCACAGAGUUCAAGUACUGAAUGAACAAUUCUCAUGGAACAAUAAGGAUGUGGUCUGGAAAUUGACGGCUUUAAGAUACUACCUUAUGGUAACUUUAAAGCACUACAUUGGAAUUGAUGAACUUAAAGAUGUCACAGUUUUAUUCAAAACAUCUCUUCUCCAACAUUUUAAAGAAUCAAUAUUAAAAGAAUUAUACGAUAUAAACUCUUGGGAUGACUACGCAAAACUGGAUAUAUCCCUCGUGUACAACCUCCUUCGUAAUGUUUGCAAACAUAUACCUUCACCUACUCGAGGCUGGGGGUAUGACCCUCCUUCUGAUGAUGUGAAUCUUGGUGCUGAUAUUGAAAGAAUCCGUUCAAUAUGGAAUAGAUACUGUGAUUCAGAGACUGAAUUUAUGCACUUAGACGACAUAUUUGUUAGAAUGUUUGAUAGAUUUGGAAGAAUAUCUGAAGAUGUUGAAGUACAAGACUCUGGUAGUGAAAAAAUAAUGAGUGUUGAGCUAAAACCUGAAUGUUCUGUAAAUGACAGGGUUGUUGUAACAAAGGCCAUAAAACUUGUUCUAAGCAGUCUUAAGAAAGAAACCUUUGUAAUAGUUAAAGGAGCUAUAGGGUCAGGAAAAACAACUUGUUUGAAAUACGUUGAUGAACACUACAGAGGAAAUCAAUGGGAGGUGAAGUGGAAGGAAGAGAUUAUAACCUCGAGCGACCUUUAUGUGCAAGAAAACAAAAAACUUCUUUUAUGUUGUGAUAACCUCUUUGGUGCGUAUAAUAGAGGCCAGUUUGCUUCAACCUCUGAAAUCAUAAAAGCUUUGGAAAAUCUAGAAAAGGGAGAUUAUGGGGAAUUGAAAGUUGUCUUAGCUAUACAUGAUCAUGUAUAUGACGAGUUACAGAAAUGUCCAAAUGUCAAAGCUCUGCAAAACAAGCGUGUUGUCGUUGACUUCAACGAAUUCUCAGAUGCAGAAAUGUUGCUGAUCUUUAAUGACCAAAGGAAACAAGGGCAUUGUACAAGAGACCGAAGAUGUCCGUUUAGAAAUGUUGACUUUCGAUCUAUUCAGGACACUCUCAAAGUGAAUUCAGGACAAAUAGGGGACCCGCUUCUUACCUUGUUAUAUUCCAACUUACAUGAUUUAUUUAACAAAAAAGAAGCAACGCAAAAUAUAGUGAGGGAACUGUGUAUUAUAUAUCAGAAUAUGUCAGAAGAAAGCCCUGAACUUUUUCACAUAUUAUUUUAUAUAAUGAUGGUGGGAAUUCACAAACUUAAAAACCAAUUGCCAGAUUGGGCAUUUGAACUUGUAGGAAUCAGCAAUGAAAAGGUGGAACAAAAUGUCUGCCAUCUGGACGCGUUUCUGGUCGGUCGCAUAGACGGACAAGGAUUACAAAUGAAACAUGAUCUCUUUAAUUUUGCUUUAUUUAAAUUCUGUGCCGAUCAUACGAAGUACCAAUCUAUUCUCCUGCAGCACUGUCAAUUUCAAAUGAUUGAGGAGAUAAUGCGACCAGUUUCCUCUUCAACACAGAGCGAUUUUUGUGUAGUCUUAAAGGAAGAAAUGAUCCCAGUUCUUGUUUCAAGGGUUGUAGGACAAAACCUGCAUAUGUUCAUGAAAAGUCAUCCACUAAUGGAUCGGUCUGAAUUUACAGAUGAUUUAAGAAAUAAGACUCUACCUAAUGUGUGGAAAAAGAUCACAAAUUAAUUAUGUCUAAAGUUACAUUUUUUCAUUUUUGUUCUACUUCUUUUUUUUCUUCAAAUCAUUAAUGUUACCUGCAUCCAAACUUGUGUUUAUAUGAUAUGGUAUCUUAUCAUUUUUUUGUUUAUACGUCCCUUUAUUACGAAUUUUUAAAGGUAAAUGUUAUAAAAAUGAAAUAAAUAAGUUAAAGUUAAAAUAGGAAGUUUUGGCUGUAAAUAUGUUUCAAUGUACAACCUUUGCAUGUAACGUCAACCUUCAUGGUACAUGUAAUUUAGCCUCCAACAAAGCAUUUACUAGAAUCUGAAAUAAAGAGUUAUCAUGUUCUAAUUUAUUUUGCGUUAUAAUCAUACAUGUAUAUAAUAUAUUGUCAAAUUCAUUAAUUGAGAAGUCUGAAGUCUAAUUUUAAAAAGAACCUCAUAAAUUCCUUCAAUAAGAGCAUUGCCACAAACCCCACAAAAGAUCAUCACUUGCAUUUGACUACAUAUACUUGUAAUGAUUUUAUAGCUGCACAAAUUAAUCUUAAUGGAAUCAUUUUUGACAAAUAUAUUAAACAUAAUUAUGGUUUUGAAUUCUGGUAUUUUAGCAUUAUUGCUUGCAUUGAGACACAAUUCAUUUGAACUCACAUUUCUAAUUUAAGAACGGAUUUGCAUGAUAUAUUUACGAUUGUACUUGUAAAUUGUUAUCUAAGCACUUGUCAGUUUACGUAAUAUGUAUAAUAACGUAAAUGAUGCAUGAUAAAGUACUUUGUUCAACAUCAUAAUAAUUUCGAAUCUAAGCAACCAAACCAGACUAUAAGAAGAUCCUGGAGAAACAAUGGGAAAAACCGAUGAACACUUCUUGAGUGUGUUAAAAUUAAGAGGUUUUUUUAUGUAUUGAAGAACGUGAAUACAAAAUCCUUAAUAAAGUCUAAAUCUACGGCAUAUUUAGAGAAAUAGAGAUACUUUGCUUAAUACAUGCAUGUGGAUGUAUAUAUGUGUGAGAUUAUGUUUUUAAUCAUCACUUUGCAUAUUAAAUGUAAAGUGUUAGUAUGUAGAAGAAAUACAUGUAUUACAUGUAAAAUGCAGAAAUACUCCAUUAAAACGAUGUACAUGUACAAAUAGUAAAAAUGAAUAUGAAUUCUCUCUUUUCUGAUUUGUUUUGAAUUGAAUGCUUCUGAUUUGCAUUUGUUUCCUUAGUCAUGCUAAAUAUGCUGCAUACACUUUUAUAAGGCAAUUGCCAAAUACAUGUAGUCAGAGUUUUGUUAAUUAGUUACAUGUAACUAAAUUAAAAUCAACAUGACACGUGAGACUGCAAAAAUCUGAUUGAUAUCUACAGUUUGCUCAUAAAUUCGUUAGACACACACAUUGAUAUAGAUUCAAUUGUUUGUCAUUGUUGUUUAACCUUUUUACUUGAAUGUUAUUUUUAACUCGGCAGUCUAUAUAUGUAUAAAAAGAAAUACGAGGAACGACCCUAAAAUAGCUUUUCUUACAGAAGGAGUUGUUGAAUGUAUUACUCUUAUUGAAUCAUUGAAUUUGUCAACUGA